CGCGACCCUUUACCGGGGCGAACGCCUCAGCAUGGACGAGAUCAAAGCGUCCAUCCUUUUAUGCGUGCACGAUAUGUCUGCAUCUGUUACCUGGGACACGGUAGCUGAGAUUGCAAGGCUUUCACGCAUGGCCGAUCUCUAUCACACCCUAUGCUUCGAGAAGGAGAACGACGACGGUUCCGACGAUGUGAGAGGCGGUAGCGACGGUGGUGAAAGUGAUACUUCCCCCGAAGCAUUUGGCGAUGGGACGGCGUUGGAUUACGAUGCAGAAGAAUGGCGGAGCGUGUGGUGGUGCAUCUACUCGCUUGAUACAUGUUGCAGUGCUGUCGCAGCAAUAUCGCAUGCUUUUGCUACAAAUGCGGAGGGUCGCAUGACUCUGCCCAUGAUACCCAGCUCCGAGACGGCGAAAAUGCCAAAAGAGCGGGAACUCCGAGCCGUCGAUCGACAGUGUGUCCCAUUAUCCGGCAUGAAGCACUGGGAAUCCAUGAGUAUGAUAUUUUCCAACCAGUCUUGCCGUAGCAGAAACCUGUAUCUCGGCGCCUGCUUUCUGAUGAGAUCCGUCACCAACCUCCGCCAUCUUUCACGACGCGGCCAAGGCCUAGCAUGGCGGACACGGUUGCAAGAACUUGAGAGCGACUGCGCAGCUACAACAUUCUCCUUGCCCCCCUGGGUCUUCAAUCCUAUUCGCAAUUUUGCUACUGAAGAGACGGAGGUUGAGCAUCGACAUCGAUUGGACAUGUUGCUUGUUUGGCAAUGCGCAUGUUUACUGCUUGCAAUUUCCGCCGCCGAGGUGAAUACAAGGAGCCCGUCUAAGGGACAACCUGAGCUCCAAGGGCUAUGGGAUCGCACCUUGUCUAAAGCAAACGAGGUGGUUCAGGUAGUUCAAAAUUGGAACCCCGACUACUUCAACGCAGUUGAUCCCAUGUGUUCAUACAUAAUAUUUCUCGCCGGCUCCGUCCUCACUAUGGAUCACGCUUCGGGACCAUAUCCCGAAUCCCCCUCAUCCCGAACAUCGGAGCAUCUCGACCUCUUAGUCUUAUUCCUAGGUCAAGUCGGCCAAUACUGGCCCAUAGGCCAUCACGUUGCCAAUUCGCUCAAGGCCGCGCGGACUACCUCCCCAGGGCGGACUUACGAAGAAAGAUUCCAGUAUAUUUUCCAGCUUACACUUCAUGGAAGACUUCUCGACUCCCCUAUCGAGAAAUCCAUCGGCCUAGACUCUCGACCCCUGGCAAAACCUAAUACGGCCACCAAGUCCCCCGGGUCACUACACGAGGUUACACGAGAAGGGGUAGACUCAGGCGGUUUUAAUGCCUCGUGGCUUGAAGACACUACCUCCGGUAAUGUUGGGAUGGAUGUGGCUACUUUGCUUCUGCAACAGGAUGAAGGGGUGGACUCUAGCAUAUUUGAUUAUCCAUGGUUAAACGAUGCUGCCUCAAAUGACGAGGUAGAUAUGGCGACUUUAUUAAGCAUCUAGAAGCAUAACUAGCAUUAGGUUGGGAAGAAGUCGCCUGCAGAGCCCGCAUUUGGCAGGCAGGCACUACGGAUUGAACGACGGAGAUUGGACGGUAUAACAGGAGGGUCAUAUGGGCGUAUACGCUCAUAAGUAGAUAGUUUGGUUGAAAUUUAUAUAUCCCAAAUGCGGU